GUUCAUCACUUUACCAAGUCUUUCAUAGCCUACUUGAAAAUGUGCUGGAUGCCUGCACUAGGUGAAGCAUAACAAGAAUCCUGUUGUUAAUUGUAGAAAAAAGAGAGUAGAACAAUAAAACACUUUAUGCUUUUACAGAGCUAGGAGACAGUGAAGCUCUUGUUGUGUUUGUGACAGUUACGCAUCACAAACUAUUUAUAUGUGCGCACCGCUAGUGUCAGACGCGCGUUUCCAGCCCGCGCUGGUGAUGCGAUGCCCCGCAACCACAGCGGCGAUGAGGGCGGUACUGGUCUCUGGAUGAAGACCUCUCAAAACUAUGGAAUGAAAGAUGUCGAAGCCGGUCGUGGGACGAUGAACAACGCGACCAGAACGGUCGACAGUCUGCUGUCUACGCCCGGCACAACAGGUGCAGGAGGCUCGGAGAACCUUAGGAGAAAGCAGGGCGCCCGGCUGAGCCUGCUCGGGAAACCGCUCACCUACAGCGCGCAGAGCGGCCGGAGAAACGCGCGCUACAGGAAGCUCCAGAACUGCCUCUACAAUGUCCUAGAGCGACCACGCGCCUGGGCAUUCGUUUACCAUGCUUUCGUGUUCACCUUGGUGUUCGGCUGUCUGGUUCUAUCUGUAUUCUCCACCAUACCUGCUCAUGCGCAGCUCUCCAAUCACUGUCUCUUCAUACUGGAGUUUGUGAUGAUUGUUGUUUUUGGUUUGGAGUACAUCAUACGCAUCUGGUCUGCUGGAUGCUGCUGUCGAUACAGGGGAUGGCAAGGUCGACUGCGCUUCGCUAGAAAACCAUUCUGUGUCAUCGACAUUAUUGUACUCAUUGCAUCCAUCGCUGUUGUCUCAGCUGGUAGCCAGGGCAAUAUUUUUGCCACGUCUGCUCUUCGCAGUCUGCGUUUUUUACAGAUCCUGCGCAUGGUGCGUAUGGACAGACGAGGUGGUACCUGGAAACUGCUAGGAUCUGUAGUCUACGCUCACAGCAAGGAGCUUGUGACUGCCUGGUACAUUGGCUUCUUGGUGCUGAUCUUCUCUUCAUUCCUAGUCUACUUGGUAGAGAAAGAAUUUAACACACAGUUUGCCACCUAUGCCGAUGCUCUUUGGUGGGGUACAAUCACCCUCACCACCAUUGGAUAUGGCGAUAAAACUCCCCAGACCUGGAUGGGGCGACUUCUCUCUGCUGGAUUUGCAUUGCUGGGCAUCUCAUUCUUCGCUUUGCCUGCUGGUAUUCUUGGCUCUGGCUUUGCUCUGAAGGUCCAAGAGCAGCACAGACAGAAGCACUUUGAGAAGAGGAGAAACCCAGCAGCCAGCCUGAUACAGUGUGUGUGGCGUAGCUAUGCGGCUGAUGAGAACUCGGUUUCCAUUGCUACUUGGAAGCCUCAUUUGAAGGCGUUGCAUACCUGCAGCCCUAUAAAGAAAGACCAGGGAGAAUCCAUCAGCAGCCAAAAGCUGAGUUUCCGGGAGCGUGUGCGCAUGGCCAGUCCUCGUGGUCAAAGCAUAAAGAGCAGGCAGAUGUCAGUGAAUGAUCGGCGCUCUCCUGGCACAGAUGUGGGAGUGGAGGGAAGCAGUCCUGCCAAAGUCCAGAAGAGCUGGAGCUUCAAUGACCGAACUCGCUUCCGUCCAUCGCUCAGACUCAAGAGCCAAUCACGCACCACAGCUGAAGCUGACACCAAUCUUGGACCCGAUGAUGCUUUUGAUGAGAAGGGUUGCCAUUGUGAUGUGACUGUGGAAGAUCUGUCUGCUCCUCUAAAAGCAGUCAUCAGGGCAAUCAGGAUAAUGAAAUUCCAUGUGGCCAAGAAGAAAUUUAAAGAGACACUGCGACCGUAUGAUGUGAAGGAUGUGAUUGAGCAAUACUCUGCUGGUCACCUGGAUAUGUUGUGUCGUAUCAAGAGUCUUCAGACUAGGUUGGACACCAUUGUGGGUCCACAGACUCUGAGCAGCAAAACCAAGACCUUUUCCUCUCCCUCCCUGCACUUGUAUUACAGCCAGGCCAAGAGGAAACAGACUGCCCCAGGACUCGCCACACCUGUGCGUCCACAUCAGACACUUGGCACCAAAGCCAGGAACCUUUCCUCUCCCUCUCUACACUUGUAUUACAGCCAAAGCAGGACGAAGCACUCUGGGGUGGAUCAGAUACUGGGAAAGGGACAGAUUUCUGUAGACAAGAAAGGCAGAGAGAAAAUCCUCCAAGAAGGGGAGUCCCUGGAGCAUGACAUGAGUAUGCUCGGCCGUGUCUGUAAAGUUGAAAGACAAGUGCAGUCCAUUGAGUCAAAAUUGGACUCAUUGCUGGAUAUCUAUCGUCAAGUUUUGCAGAAGGGUCCCUCCUCAAUGCUGGGUCUAUCUGCCUUUCCCCUGUUCGAGCUGGAUCAGACAUCUGACUACCAAAGUUCCAUCCAUAGCAAGGAUUUGUCCUCCUCCUCCCAGCUUAAUAGUGGAGUGUCUCACUCUGGCAGCAGUAACCUUCACCAUGGCCUGCAUCUUGCCCUGGCUCCCAGUGAACUAAACCUGGGUACUGGUUACCCACAUUUAGCCUCCUCCUUUCCACCCUCCCCCCUACUCAACAAUCAACCUUCUAGUUCAGACAGUUUCUACCCAGGUUCCCCUCCUCCCAUUCUCACCCCCAACAACCUUUCAAGAAGUCACCUGCGGUUCACUGAUCUGACUAGGCCUAUUCCGACUGUCCAUUCAACCACAACUCUUCAGCUCCCGCCUAUAGUACCACCGCCUCAGGGCCGGCCUACCAGCCUUAUCCCAGAAACAUUACAGGAGAGCAGGGCAGAGUGUCCAGACACUUGCCUGUUGGGUAUUCAAACUGAGGUCCAGUCAGACAGAAAGGCUGAGAUUCUUGAAACCACGGUACAGCUGUGGAAUAAGCCAGAGCGCAGCCCCAAUGAAGAAGGGUCUUGGAGAAGACACCUGAGCCUUGAUAUUGACCCUUUGAGGCUCAUAUCUACCACAACAUCUGCUUCACUGCAGGUUGAACGUGGGCUUGGGAAGUCUCUAUCUGCUCAGAAUCUCAUGCUACCAGCUGCUGCGGACUGUCAUCCCAGCCUAUCCACUAGCGGCAACAGAAACAAUGAAUCUAGUGACCCAGAGCCACUGGCCGACUGGGAUGAUACAGAGCUGUACAUCAAUGAUAAAGAGCUGGAGGCCACAGAUUGUGACCACUACCUCAUCAAUCAACAACAAAGCACCGAUACAACCUUCUCAUCUGAGCUGCUACGGACAGGAGCCAGAGGGCUAUCAUCCAGCCAGGCUGGACCAAGAGAUAGCCCAGAGUCCCUUACCUUGCCUCACGUUUGCCUGGAGUAACCACUGAGCACAGGGACCUCAUUGAGGAGUGUGGACACAAUGUCCCCCAUGUGCUUUUUUUCCCAAAGGAAAUGGAGUGUCCAAUGCACUCUACAUCUUGUUUUCACACACGCACAAAAACAGACAAAUUCAUAAGUGUAUGUUCGUACGUACAUGUCAAUGCAUGGGUAAUUUGUCAAAAAUAGAAUAAGAGAAUCAAUAUCAGUUGGAAACUGAUUGAAAAGAAGCAUUAGAAGAAUUAAUGAUUAGGAUAGUUCACCCAAAAAUUCUAAACCUGUAUGACUUUAUUUCUAGGAGUGUAACGGUACAAAAACCGCCCACGGUUUGGUAAAGUACUGGCACCACGGUUGGUUCACCUCAAGUUUAAUGACACAUCUGGAGCACAAGGUUUGGUGAAGAAAACAUUGUGUCAAACAGACGCAAACAGGCACAGUUACAACCUCCGCUAAUGCACCUGAAUGGAUCUGUAGAUGGAUACACUCCACCUGUUUCACGUGGGUCAACUUGAUGACAUCACUGUUCUGCAAGCAUUGUGUGUAGUUGAAAAAACAAGCCACUGAUAGAAAAGCCCCCUCCAUUUCUCCUUUCUGGGAACAUUUUCUUUUUGCAGUCAAUUCCAACAGCGAUAAUGAAAAGACGUUUACAAAUCAGGCACUGUUUGCAGACAUCGCUCGACACGAGUGCUGAAUACUGGUAAUAUAUGUCAAUAAUGCACAUGAGGGUUUAUUUUAAACACGCUCGUAAGUUCUUCCUGUUUCCUCGAGCGGCUGUAAUCUAUCGCGAGCAUCAAUAAUGUGCUUUGAAUAAUAUCAUUAAGAUGCUGUUAUAGUAAUACAUAUAUACACGAUUAAUCGUUAUCACCCAGUGAAAGGGUGAGCCGAAACUUUACACUGUCCCUUCCAUUUAUAAGCAGGCAUUAAGUGCUAAUUCGGACAGACAUGAAACAAUAACUAAAGUGCUUAGGGUGUUCAUGUGGGAUUUCCAUAUAUUAUUAAAAUACUCAAGCAGCAUUAUCACAACAUCCCCUCUCAUAUGCAUUUUAAUAGCAAGUUUAUUCCUUCUAUUAUAAUGUACAGCUUACGAAUAUUGAAUAUAUGUUGAGAUGAAUUUGAAGUGCACUUUAUUUUGAUGCAUAUAGCAUAUUAGAGCAGGUACUAAGUUAAAAUGUUGACAAUGGUUUUACUAUAGUAAAAUUGUAGUAACCAUGACUGCUGUCACCAUGGUUUACUGAGCAGAAAUCAUUGUUUUGAUACAAUUAACCAUCGUUUUAUAACCGUCAUUUUUAUAAACUAACCAUGAUUUUACUAUAUUUUGUAACAAUGUCAGUAACCAUGUUUAUAUUGUGGCUACAUUGAUUUUACUACAAAUGCCAUUUUUAAACAAUGAUUGUUAUUUAAGAGAAAACCUGUUGAAGUUUUUACCAAAUAGAUUAUUCUUUGGAUUUGGCAGUAAUAUUUUUCUGGAACAAAGCAAAUACCGAACCAUACCGAAACCGUGACCCUAAAACUGUGAUACAAACCGUACCAUGAGAAAUUCUAACUGUUACACCCCUAAUUUCUUCUGUGGAACACAAAAGGAGAUGCUAGAAACAAUGUUAGGGACUGAUAGCCUCAGUCACCAUUCACUUUUAUUGCUUCUUUUGUCCAUCCAAUCCAAACAAAAGUGAAUGGUGAAAUUUCUGUCUAACAUCUCUUUUUGGUAUUCCACUAAGAACAGAACAGUCAUAUGGGUUUAGAACAAAUGAGGUAAAUGAUAACAAAAGUUUCAUUUUUGGGUGAACUAUCCCUUUAAGGAAUAUGGUACUGAAUGAACUCUUCUUUCAACCUUGCAUGGGAACGGCAUGUUUAAAAGGCAACAGCAAAUAGGAAUAAAUGUGUGUAUGCACAUAUACUAAUAAACCCUCACUCAGCAUUAGGAUUAAUUUCUCGCUUCCUUCUAAAUGUUUUGUCAUCCAUUUACUGGCAUAUGUAAAGAAUUAUGGGAGUAAUAGCAGAAAACCAGAUGGUCUUGUCCAAACCACAUUAAGCCGUGAUACUAUGCAAACCUCAGCAGGGUUUGCAAGGGACUUCAGAAUACAGAUUAAAUAUAUUCAAAAUGUAGCCUGCACAGAGAUGUGUUUUCUUAAUUUAAAUAUAUGUUUUAAAACCUUAGAGGUUUAGCAUAUGAAGAAAGCUGAAUGCUAUUGAGGGAUGGUCUCAUGCAUGGUCCUGUGAGGUGUGUGGUAUUUGUGACAAUUGGUUUAAUUUCAGAGUCCUCAUGUGGACAUUUGGCUUCUAAAAUGUAAAAAAUUAGGAAGAAAACAGAUUCGUUAUCAUGAUUACACAAUUCAACAGUCACAAUAUCAUAAUGAACCAUUUUUAUAUGCUUUGUAAUUGCUUUGUAACCGGCAUCCAUUUAAUGAGAAAUGAUUUGCCUAUCAUGUUGAAAUUUACACAGAUGUGUUUUGAAUAGAAGUGCAGCAAUAUUUAAUUUCUGUUGUAUUUUCUGACAGCUUUUAAAUUCUGUAGCAAGCAGGCAUCUUAUACCUGAACCUCAGCAUUGGAACCUCUGUUCUAAAUUUUUUAUCCCAUAAUUCUGAAUGGUAAUAAGUGCUUUAACUAAAAUGUUUGUAUUUAACCUAAAAUGUAACGUGUAUAUCAUUAUUACGUGUAUGUAGAAAGAUAACCAUGAUUAGCUGUUAAUUGUUUUUUCUCCGUUAAAGGCAUCUGAGUUAUACAUUGAAGAUGUUUUUGGCACUGUUCAAUUGGAAGCACAACUGUUCAGAUGUGUAAAGGAAACCUGCAAAUGUGAUAAAUUGUUUUAACACGAAUAUGCUUUAAAGAUGAUUUAUAAUCCAGUUGUGAUGCAUAUUAUGCUCAUAAAACUGAAAAUUGAAUUGAGAAAAUGUCAACAGCUGUGGAAUUCACGCUUGAAUUGCAGAAAAGGGUUGGAUGGAAACAUUAGUCUUCUAAACACAUUAUAUAAUUCAUAUAAUUUUUGUUAUAACUUUUCUGUAUGUUUUCUUUCAUUUGUAAUUCAAUGUUUUAUGGUGCCUUUUUUGCAUUUUAUUUAACAGUCAUAAAACUUCUGUAUUCAUAACAGCACUCUUACCUUGAACUUGUAUUAAAAUCGUUGUUUAUUUUUCGUUAAUUGCACAUUCACUGUUUGGAUGUGAACUUUAAGCGUCUGCCGGAUAAAGCAACAUUUCUUUGUUUAACCACUAGAUCAAAUAAUUUAUUACACAGAAACUAGCCUUAAUAUACAUGCUUGAUAAGCGUUGUUAGCGUUCUCUGUCAUUCAGAAUAAUUUAUUUAAUCAUUGUGCACAUGACAGAGUUGAUGCUCUGGGAUUGAAAAUGCAAAAUUUAAAUUUAUGACUAUUAUAAUACUUAAAUAAACAAAAGACUUGAAA